AUGGGCUCAACCUAUUCCACCCCAGAGCCAGUCAGAGAGAAAGCCGCUCUGGCGAACGUAGACAUGGCCAGGACCAGCAUCGAGCCAGACUCGAGGACUCGUGACACUCCUCCCCCGCCGUAUCCGGUUCGGGAAAGAAUCCGAUCCCUGACGCUUCCUCGCAUGAAAGACUGGAGCGAGAGCCUGAUGAGCGAUGCCAAGAACCGCCUAGCCAUUUCCACCUUUGCUGGCCAGCCCUAUGAACAGAUCCUCGCCGAUCGUCGGGCUCUCCAGUCCGACCUGCACGUCUUCAACCUGGCCGUGCCGGUGGAAGGCGCGCCGAUUACGAACCAACGCUCUUCUGGUCGCUGCUGGCUCUUUGCCGCGACCAACGUUUUCCGUGUGCCGCUGAUGAAAGCAUACCAGCUUCGGGAAUUCGAACUCAGCCAGGCCUAUCUCUUCUACUGGGAUAAAAUCGAGAAGGCCAAUUGGUUCUUCGAGCAGAUCAUCGCCACUGCCGAUGAGGAUCUCUCCAGCCGUUUGGUCCAGAAACUCUGUGAAGAUCCGGUCACCGACGGCGGUCAGUGGGAUAUGGUCGCCAAUCUAGUGCAUAAGUACGGACUGGUCCCCCACGCGCUGUAUCCGGAUGCUUUUCAUGCGCAGAAUAGCUCCAAAAUGAACUGGCUGCUUACUGCCAAGCUGCGUGAGCAGGCCUUGAUUCUCCGUAAUCUGGCCGCGAAAAAGGGAGAUGGCCAGGCCUCUCAUUUGCUGGCCGCCCGCAAGGAGCAGUUCCUGCAGGAAAUUCAUUCACUGGUCACCCUCCUGCUGGGCCCUCCGCCGAACCCGGACAAGCCGUUUGUAUGGCAAUAUUACGACGCCAAUGGAACUGCCCGCGAGGUGCGACAGACUCCGGUGGAGUUUGGUCAACAGGCCAUUCGGUCUCAGACACGAUCACUAUCACGCAACAGCCCUGCUGUUUCCCCAGGGCGGUUUUUCAGUCUGGUUCACGAUCCGCGGAAUGAACGAAACCGGUUGCUGACGGUUGACAAACUCGGCAACGUACUGGAAGGACGACCGCUCACAUACGUCAACGUAGAGAUGCAGACACUCAAGAAGGCGAUCAUUGCGAUGCUCAAGGCCGGACAUCCGGUCUUCUUUGGCUGUGAUGUGGGCAAGUUCUCCGAUAGGAACCUUGGAGUCAUGGAUGCCGACCUCACCGACCUCGCGCUCGGGUUCAAUGUCUCACUCGGGAUGAACAAGGCAGAGCGGCUCGCCAGUGGGGAGUCCUCCAUGACCCAUGCGAUGGUCAUCACGGCGGUGCAUCUCCUCGACAAUGACGAGCCGGUCCGGUGGCGGGUGGAAAACUCGUGGGGUGAGGGAGUCGGAGAGAAAGGCUGGUUUGUGAUGACCGACCGAUGGAUGGACGAAUAUACCUUCCAGGCCGUUGUCGACUCCAACUUUGUUUCGGCCGACUAA